UUCGGCGGGGGUAACAGUGACGUCACACGUGUGGCGUGCCGGCCACACGCUGAGCACCAAGCAAAACAGCCAGGGCAAGUGUGUGUAUCAUCAGUGCCUGGGAAGGAAGGCCACCAAAAGAAGUGAGUCUGGUGGAAAGACCUGAAAGCGGGAAGGGAGGCACCUGGCUGGGUGGGGGCGGGGAAAACCAGAAUAAAACCCUGCUGUGGCCAGAGCUAGAGAGACCUGGCGCUGGUGAGGGAUGCCCUUCAUCUUCCCCUCCUCUGCCUCUCCCAAAGCUUGUCAAUGCCCCAGACAUGAGCCAGCCCAGGCCCCGCUACGUGGUAGACAGAGCCGCAUACUCUCUCACCCUCUUUGAUGAUGAGUUUGAGAAGAAGGACCGGACAUACCCACUGGGAGAGAAACUCCGCAAUGCCUUCAGAUGCUCCUCGGCCAAGAUCAAAGCUGCGGUGUUUGGGCUGCUCCCCGUGCUCUCCUGGCUCCCCAAGUACAAGGUCAAAGACUACAUCAUCCCCGACCUGCUGGGCGGACUCAGUGGGGGAUCCAUCCAGGUCCCACAAGGCAUGGCGUUUGCUCUGCUGGCCAACCUUCCUGCUGUCAAUGGCCUCUACUCCUCCUUCUUCCCCCUCCUCACCUACUUCUUCCUGGGGGGUAUACACCAGAUGGUGCCAGGUACCUUUGCGGUUAUCAGCAUCCUGGUGGGUAACAUCUGUCUGCAGCUGGCCCCAGAGUCGAAAUUCUGGGUCUUCAACAAUGCCACCAACAAGAGCUACGUGGACACGGCGGCCAUGGAGGCCGAGAGGCUUCAUGUGUCAGCGACGCUGGCCUGCCUGACUGCCAUCAUCCAGAUGGGCCUGGGCUUCGUGCAGUUCGGCUUUGUGGCCAUCUACCUCUCCGAGUCCUUCAUUCGGGGCUUCAUGACGGCAGCCGGCCUACAGAUCCUGAUCUCGGUGCUCAAGUACAUCUUUGGACUGACCAUCCCUUCCUACGCAGGCCCGGGGUCCAUUGUUUUUACCUUCAUUGACAUUUGCAAAAACCUCCCCCACACCAACAUCGCCUCGCUCAUCUUCGCCCUCAUCAGUGGCAUCUUCCUGGUGCUGGUGAAGGAACUCAAUGCUCGUUACAUGCACAGGAUCCGCUUCCCCAUCCCUACGGAGAUGAUUGUGGUGGUGGUGGCAACAGCUAUCUCUGGGGGCUGUAAGAUGCCCCAAAAGUAUCACAUGCAGAUCGUGGGAGAGAUCCAACAUGGGUUCCCCAGUCCUGUGUUGCCUGUGGUUUCCCAGUGGAAGGACAUGAUGGGCACUGCCUUCUCACUGGCCAUCGUGGGCUACGUCAUCAACCUGGCCAUGGGCCGGACGCUGGCCAGCAAGCACGGCUAUGACGUGGAUUCUAACCAGGAGAUGAUCGCCCUGGGCUGCAGCAACUUCUUUGGCUCCUUCUUUAAAAUCCAUGUCAUUUGCUGUGCUCUCUCUGUCACUCUGGCUGUGGAUGGAGCUGGAGGAAAAUCCCAGGUGGCAAGCCUGUGUGUGUCCCUGGUCGUGAUGAUCACCAUGCUGGUCCUGGGGUCCUAUCUGUACCCUCUCCCCAAGUCUGUGCUAGGAGCACUGAUAGCCGUCAACCUCAAGAACUCCCUCAAGCAGCUCGCUGACCCCUACUACCUGUGGAAGAAGAGCAAGCUGGACUGUUGCGUCUGGGUGGUGAGCUUCCUCUCCUCCUUCUUCCUGAGCCUGCCAUAUGGGGUGGCUGUGGGCGUCGCCUUCUCCGCCCUGGUUGUGGUCUUCCAGACUCAGUUUCGAAAUGGCUACACUUUGGCCCAGGUCAUGGACACUGACAUUUAUGUUAAUCCCAAGACCUAUAGUAGGGUCCAGGAAAUCGAGGGGGUUAAGAUUGUCACUUACUGCUCCCCCCUCUACUUUGCCAACUCGGAGAUCUUCAGGCAAAAGGUCAUUGCCAAGACAGGUGUGGACCCCCAGAAAGUACUGCUGGCCAAGCAAAAAUACCUCAGGAAGCAGGAGAAGGGGAGGCUGAUGCCCACACAGCAGAGGAAGUCUCUGUUUAUGAAAACCAAGACUGUGUCCCUGCAGGAACUCCAGCAGGACUUUGAGAAUGCCUCCCCAACUGACCCCAACAACAACCAGACUCCUGCUAAUGGCGCCAGUGUCUCCUACAUCACCUUCAGCCCUGACAGCUCCCCAGAGGCCCACUGUGAGCCACCAGCCUCCGCUGAGACCCCCAGUGAGCCCAGUGACAUGCUGGCCAGCGUCCCACCCUUUGUCACCUUCCACACCAUCAUCCUCGAUAUGAGUGGGGUCAGCUUUGUGGACUUGAUGGGCAUCAAAGCCCUGGGCAAGCUGAGCUCCACCUACGGGAAGAUCGGUGUGAAGGUCUUCUUGGUGAACAUCCACGCCCAGGUGUACAACGACAUCAGCCAUGGCGGUGUCUUUGAAGAUGGGUGUCUAGAGCGCAACCAUGUCUUUCCCAGCAUACAUGAUGCUGUCCUCUUUGCCCAGGCAAAUGCCAGAGAGGUGGCCCCAGGACGUGACUUCCAAGGGGCUCCAGUGGACCCAGAGGUGUCCUUAUACGAUUUGGAGGAGGACAGCCCCAGCUACUGGGACUUGGAGCACGUGAGCUGA